GACACAGCAGUGAUAAUGGCGAAGCGUCGAUCUGGAUUCAUGUCGGAAAUACAACCAUUAAUAAGCCUUCUGCUGAUUGGGCUUCACGUUUCAGAAACCGUUCACAUUACCCCUGUCGACGAGCCUGUCAGAGCCAAGGAUUCUAAUGCUAUGGUGAUUUUGCCAUGCGACUUUAGGACGAAUUCGUUCGAGACGCCACAGAUCACGUGGUAUCAAGAGAAAGGCACAGAGCGGAAUAAAAUCAUGCAAUAUGACAUUCACAGCCGCUUGUCAUCCUACGGAGAGUUUCUAAACCGCGUAGGAAGAGGCGACAGAGGGGCAUUGUUUCUGUUUAGACCGACGUCACGAGAUUCCGGAACAUAUACAUGCGAGGUUGAAGUGGACAAUGAAAACCCCAGCUGGACGAAAAAUACAGUUGUCUUGAAUAUCACUGAUGAUCCCUUGAUCACAAAGACAUGCAAACCAGCUCCUCCAAGUAAAGAUAAGGAAGGGACAAAAGGAAUGAUUGUCUUGAUUGCGUUUUGCUGGAUAUCGCCACUGGUUUGUUUUGUCUUGUAUGUAAGCGUCGUCAGUCUAAGCAAACAGAUACUUCAAAGACUUCGACAGGAAAACACGCGACAGACUUUAAUGCUCGCAGCGGGACCUGUUGUUGUUGUUGUUAUCGCCCUAUGUCUGACCUUCACCGGAACUGUCUCCACGGCUGUUGCCAUGUCCAGUGCAUCGAACAAUUCGGCCAAACACUACUAUGAUGUUGGUCUGGGUACAGCACUAACGGGAAUACUGAUGUUAUUUGGGGCAACCUUUUUCAAGUUAUGUGUACCGGUAAGUCUGAGCCAGGAGUCAAACGCCCUUGAUGUUGAGAUCGGCCAGACACCAAAGACGUUACGUGCGGACGAAACGGAUGGACACUCGUCCACAAUUAACAAACGCUCUCCUGGAAAGGCAGAAGCCACUAGUCCGGAAGGGACAUCUCUGAUGUCACUAAGUCCGUUUGCUGAAGGAAGAAUAAUAGAGAAUCCACCUGGAAAAGUCACCGGUAUGGUUGCAGUGCCUAACAAUUCUAUUUUGUUGACGACGACCUCCGGUUUGUUCCAAAUGAAUGCAAAUGAAUAUUCCCAAACAACGAGGUUCAAAUGUUUAUACAGCUGUAAGAGUGAUUUGCUGAUGGUAGCGAGUCAUAAGGAUCAGUUGUAUAUAUUAGCUGAAAACAGAACAACCCACAAGAAAGGUAAAAGCGAAAAACGGAAGAUUUUACAUAGCUCUUUAAAAGAGAUAAACUUUAAAGCUGUGGAGAUAAAUUCAAAAUCUACAGCGACCUGUAUCCACGUAGGGCAACGAGAGAUAUGGCUGCAUCUAACAGUGUGCAACCCUGCUAAGGUGAUUAGAAUGGCACUAGACAACAAGAGGUCAGAGACUUUUGGUCAAAAUGAGCUUCUGUACCCAUCGUCUUUGGUUCAGAAUUCUUCCGGUCAGUUCAUUGUCUCUGAUCCGCAAAAGAGGGAUUUACUGGUUUUUGAACAAAGUGGUGAGCAUACCGUCUCCCUAAGAUCACGUCUUCCUAAGAAAAUAGAAAAUGAAAUCAUAGGUUAUGACCGAUUAGCCAUAGGGCCUGACGACAGAAUUUAUGCUUCAAGUCCGCUGUCUAACAAUAUCUUGGUGUUUUCACCAGACCUCAAAUUUGAGACUCUGUUGGCCACCAUGGCAGAAAAAAGCGGGAAGAUAUCGUCGCUCAUGGUACACAACAACUCACUGUACGUAGCUCAUGAACGCUGUAUAGGAAUCUAUCCACUUAACUCAGAAUAA